AUGGUCCUCCUUGGCAUGUUACAUAAUUUUUCCUAGUGGGGAAACUCAUUUUCAACCCUCCGGGUUUCUUUAAAAACACAUCACUCUUCCUUAAUUCUCAAGAUUUUUCUUGAGAGAGAUGAGCGCCAUGAAGAAACGACAGUUAGUGAUCAAAAAGAGUAAUUCCGAUACAACGCUGAUUGCGUCGGUAAUCCGAACCGUUCAUUAUGGGCAAUGUUUAAAGAACCAUGCGGCUAACAUUGGUCGGUAUGCCGUAGACGGUUGCAGAGAGUUCAUGGCAAACGGAGAAGAAGGAACAAGAGAUGCACUGAGCUGCGCCGCUUGUGGGUGCCACAGGAAUUUCCAUCGGAGAGACGUAGAUGAGGUUGCUUGUGAGUGUUCUUCAACUUCUGAUAAUUAAUGCCCUCUGUGGCAAUGAAAAGAAAUUCAUAUAAUCCUGCUGAGAUUUUGUGAAUAUUUAUUAAGAGAUUGUUUUUUUGAAAAGCAGAAAAAAAAACAUAUUGUUUGUUCAUUGUAUAACAGUUGAGUUUUUUUUUUUUUAAUUAUUGAAGGAGGAAGGUAAUAUAUUACUUUUAGUUACUUA